GGCUCGGACAUGGCGGCGGGCGGGCUGCCGGCCGAGCACAACCCCUUCUCCUUCCGCGAGUUCGUCCGCAGCAAGGCGCGGGGCGGCGGGGACGCGCCGCAGCCCGGCCCGAGCCUCGGCCUGCUGUUGCUGCCGGAUCCGGCACCGCCCGGCGAGGCGGGGGACGACGAGGAGGAGGAGGACGAAUGGAGCGGGAGCUACCAGCCGCUGGCCGUGGAGCAGGCCCACCUCGCCGCUGCGGGCCCCGCAUCGCCCUCCGCCGGCUCCUUCUGCGAGGAGCGGAGCGCGGCUUUCCUCGGAGUCCCCGCGGAGCCGGGCUCUCCUUCCCUGCGGCAGCCCAGUUACGAGGAGCUGAAGGAAGAGAAUGCCACUUUGAGAAGCAAGAUCAACAAGCUUCAGAUUUUCUCUGAAACUCAAGCAGACAAGGUCAGGAAGCUUGAAAAAAAGCUUGAGGAAAACAAAAUCAAAGAGGAAAAAGAAGCACAGGAUUUGGAAGCAAUGGUGCAGCAUGUGGAACAGAACCUCCAGCUGAUGACUAAACGGGCUGUUAAAGCGGAGAACAGUGCUACAAAACUGAAACAGGAGAACGCGUUACUGCAGGUUCAGCUCAAGAAUUACAAGUCGGAGAACGAAGCCUUGAGGUUGGGCCAGGCAGCGAGUCUGGCCACAGUGAGGCAGAACGCGGAUGCUGCCCUGCAGAACCUUCUCACUGUCAUAACCAACUCUCAGGCUUCCAUCAGGCAGCUGGUCUCUGGAGCAGAGUCACUGCAGCUUGUCGCCGAUCUCCUCACAUCUAUAGACAGGAUUUCGGAAGUGUCCCAAGAUGGACAGUGACUGGAACAGGACGGAAACCAUUCCCAAAAACUCUGGUUUUGAUACUUGGCCUCAUUGUGAUACACAGAGCUGUUGGUGCUGCUGCCACUGGAGUCCUAAAGCCCAAAUGGACAAGAGUAUGUGCCUCUGGGUUGGGGCUGCGGGUCCUGCUUCCCCUGCACCCCGACUUCCCGCUGGGACCUCACAGAGCACUCGGGUUUGGCUGGAACUCCCGCUGCCGUUCUGUCCCCAUCCGGACUGUUCCAUUGCCACGGAGGGAGAAGGGGUCGGGAGGGGUUCGUGC